ACCAUGUAACAAUUGCAACAGAAAAUGUGACAUGAGAAGAACCGAAGCAAAGAAUUGAAAUGGAAAAACAUGAUGGGAACAAGAGAGUGGUGAUCAUAGGAGGUGGUGUUGCAGGCUCCCUCGUCGCCAAAUCUCUCCAAUUCCAUGCUCAUGUCACCCUCGUUGAUCCGAAGGAAUAUUUUGAGAUUACAUGGGCAAGUUUGAGGUCAAUGGUUGAGCCAUCUUUUGCAGAGAGGUCGGUGAUCAAUCAUAGAGAUUACCUUACCAAUGGCAAUAUCGUUACGUCCAAUGCAGUCAAUGUAACAGAAACCGAAGUGUUGACUUCAGAUGGCGAUCGAAUUCACUAUGACUAUCUUGUUAUUGCCACUGGCCAUGCAGAUGAUGUCCCCCAAAGUAGGAGAGAAAGACUUAAUCAAUUCAAAGAAGACAAUCAAAAAAUAAAAUCCGCUCAUUCCAUUCUGAUUGUUGGAGGAGGUCCCACUGGCGUGGAACUUGCUGGAGAGAUAACUGUUGAUUUUCCGGAUAAGAAGGUUACAAUAGUGCACAAAGGACCGAGGCUGCUGGAUUUCGUAGGGACAAAAGCCGCAGAUAAGACUCUUAAAUGGUUGGAAUCAAGGAAUGUUGUGGUGAAACUAGAGCAAUCAAUUGACUUGAACGAAUUAACAUAUGAACAGAAGACAUAUCGAACUUCAAAUGGAGAGACCAUUGAGGCAGAUUGUUAUUUCUUAUGCUUAGGGAAACCGCUUGCAUCAGCAUGGCUUGAGGAAACUGUGUUGAAGAAUGAUUUGGAUGAUCUUGGAAGGAUUAAGGUAGAUGGAAAAUUGAGAGUCGUUGGUAGGACAAACAUUUUUGCAAUUGGAGACAUCACAGAUGUUCCAGAAAUCAAGCAAGGUUUUGCAGCUCAGCAGCACGCCAUAGUGGUUUCGAAGAACUUGAAGGCGAUGAUAGAUGGAGGAAGAGAAUGUAGUCAAUGUAGGAUGGACACUUAUAAGCCACAGUUAGCAAUGGCAGUAGUUUCACUUGGGAGGAAAGAUGCGGUAGCACAGUUACCAUUCUUGACAAUCAGUGGAAGAAUUCCUGGACUCAUUAAGUCUGGUGAUUUGUUUGUUGGUAGAACAAGAAAACAAAUGGGACUCAACCCUGAUACUUCACAAGCUUGACUUGAUGAUACCAUGCAUGGAAUGUACUAUACACAAAUUACAAUCUGUUCAUAGUUUGUGUGGUAUAUUGGUGUAUUUUCAAUUGGUUUUUUCCACGAAGGUAAAGGUUAAUGGUUGUUGUUGACACAUAUAGGACAGAAAAGAAAUAGAUUAAGCAUA